UAGGGAUUAAGGUGUUGUGAUUGUGUUUGUGUGUAAGUUGGUGAGUCACAGAAAUGCCAUACCCUGGCCUGCCAGGAGAAUGCGUUACAGCAAGAUGCGUGCUAAUCUCCGUUUAAUCUCUAUAGGGUAGAAUGUCGGCCCUCAUGCGUGGGGUUUCCCUGGGCGCUCUGGUUCCCUUCCACAUGUAUGAACAUCAAUUGGCCGAAAACACCUUAAUUUGUAGAGGACCGCAGAUCUUGGGCAAUUGUUGGCAGCACUGGCUCACUGCCCGGCUGCUGUCUACCCACUCGUCUGUGGUUCCUCGUGUUUCUUGAGUCAUUCUCUUCGAGAGUGAGCGAAUAUUAUCAAAGCCGUGUCGCUGUGAGCCAUUUUCUGUUAAAAUUGGGGUGUGGCAUGGAUUCCCUUGGUCCCUUGCACAAUUUAACAUUUUUAUGACCACAUAGUUAAUUUACAAGAACACCUGUGGUGCUGAUUUGAAACAUUCAAACUGGUCUGGCCAUGCUCCAUGCUGGGUUUAACCAGGCUGAAUUGUGUGAGGGGCUUGCAGUUCCCUUUGAAAUGUCUGGCUGGACACAGUCCCAGCAUGGAUGUGAGCUCCCCUUGCAAGCGAGGGUCAUGGAAGCCACAUGCCCAGCCAUUGAUUGCAUGCCCAUGCUGCUUGAUCUUGCGUGUGCUUUCAUUAAAAAGUAUGCACGAACAAUUCCAGUAAUUAGUAAUACUAUACCGAGUCACUUGAGUGUUGAUUUUUUUUUCUGGGCAAUUUUAUUUAUACUAAUGAAAGGUAUUGGUUUCAAAAAUUGUGCACGGUCGUUUACCAAUUACCUAUGCAAAGCAUUUAUUUCAGCAUUGAUUAAAUCGAUCAUACAUUUUUAAGAAGUAUUUUUAUUCACAUGUAUUAAAAUGUAAUCAUUUUCCCUCAAUUAAUGUGACAUUUUUGGCAUGGAUGUUUUUCUAUUUCUAAUUCCACAACCCCGACUGACACUUAAGAUAGGAAUGUGUAAUGACAUGCAUUGUAUUCAAUCGUUGAUUACGAAAGUUUAAUGAACACACAAGUAGCACAUUGACCAUCUUGCUGGUCCUUUAAAAAUAGACUUAAAAUUGUCUUUUUCAGGAAAAGAUCCUCACCUUCCUAAGAUUUAACACUUAGGCUUGCAUGCGAUGAAGAACAGCAUAGUAUGUGAAAACUUCUGCUAGAUAAAAUACACGUUUCGCCUGAGUGUCAAAUCCAGCAUCUGAUUUUGUGCUAAAAUGUGAGAUGUCUGUAUAGAACAUAUCCUUUAGACAUGUGACAGCAAAUCUUAGAUGUUAGUUAAGAUAGAGCAUAGUCAUUGGGAGGUUAAUAUACAAUCCUAGAAAAAACAGCUGAACUAUCACUGUUGGUCAUGCUUGCGUGCGCUUAAUAUCACGUAAGUUAAAUGUUAGCAUGGAAUUUGAGUUCUCUGCCAAAUAAGAAGAUUAAUUAAGCGAAAUACACAGUGACAUGUAUAAAAAGCAAGCCGACGAUAAUGAGACAACCAGCGCAAGUGUAAUUGCACAAUUAGAUGGCAUAAAUCCUCAGGCCGAGCGAACCCAACAUCCCGACCCUACCCCACAAGACCCAUGGAUGCCGUCAGGAGGUGCAGCAAUGGACGAUGAACAUCAGAAAAUCGGAAAGUGGCUGGAAGGCAGCGGUGGCUCGCAUGAAGACCGGAGCGAUGCUGCAGACUGUGCCGACGCGGCACCUGCACACUCGGCUUGCUGUGCACAACUCAAACCGCUGUCCCACCAAGUGGCUGGACAUGUGGAUGGGAAAAAGAAAGGCCUCGGCAUGCGGCAGCACCCCGACGGCUCGGUGCUGAAACACGUGCAGCCCCCUCCACGGGGACAAAGGGAGGUGGAUUUCUACAAAACGGUAUUUAAUGCCGAGUGUAAAGACGAGAGAAUUAUCUUCCUGCGAGAACAAGUACCAAGAUUCAUGGGCACAUGGAUACCUCCUAAUUCUCCCAAUACUGUGUAUCUGAAGCUAGAAGAUGUGACAUGCAAAUUCAAUAAGCCAUGCAUUAUGGAUGUGAAGAUGGGACGCCAGAGUUAUGAUCCAUGUGCCUCACAAGAAAAAGUGGACUAUGAGCGGACCAAGUACCCCCUUAUGCAAGAGAUCGGAUUCCUCGUUCUGGGCAUGAGAGUGUACCAGCCUGAAACAAACACUGAUGUUGUUUAUGAUAAAUUCUUUGGCAGAAGUUUAGAGACAGAUAAUCUCAAAGAAGGCAUUUCCAAGUUUUUCCAUAAUGGCCAUUGCUUGCGGUUGGAUGCACUGGAGGGUGUGAUACAGAGGCUGGAGAAUAUUUACACUUGGUUUCAACAGCAACGGAUAUGGAAUUUUUACAGUAGCUCUCUGCUCAUGGUAUAUGAAGGAAAUGCUCCUCCUCAGACGGGUCAUUCCACACGGACAACAUCACCAGCCACGUGUGAGUCUGAAGCAGCCAGCAGAACACAUGACGGGUGUACACACAGCAGGGUCUUUGGAUGUGAACGUGACCCAACGUUAGCAGUUCACCCUGUUGCUGCCACCGAGGCAACCUGUCAAGAGCAGUCAGCUGAGCCUGGUCCUAUUGUUGAUGUGCCUCCUGGUAGCAUUGGUUUAGAAGACGCAAUAAUCGACAAUCAUUUUGUGAAAUUGUGCACCUCUGUGGAUGUUUGCCAGCCAAAUGUUUACUUGUUGCAAACAAGUAAUGAUCAUACUCAAGCUUCCUACGUGUUUGAUUCCUGUUUGGACAACACAAAUGCAGGUUGCUUAUGCAGACAAGUGGCUGAGCCUCGCACCAAGGAUGUUCACAGAGACUACGUGCACUCCGUCGGCACGGUGAGGACUGGCAGGCAACAUGUGGAUGUGAAGCUGAUUGAUUUUGCUCACGCAUUUAUCUCGGAAGAAGCCGACGAGGGCUACAUUUACGGACUCAACAAUUUGAUUGCAGUGCUCAGGGAAAUCCUGGAAAAGGCACGAGAUUAGUUUUGCCAUGUCCUUCAUCCAACAAAAAGUGUAUUAUAUUUUUUUGUCAAACCAAGCAGGCUUCCUUAUGCGAAUGUAAAUAAUGAAUUUGUGUAAACCUAAAUUUGUUCUAAUUACAUAAGGCUUGGCAUAAUUUGUCCAAUUUUGGUUAAAACAUUCCAACUAUGAAACGCCAUGAAAAAUGUAUUCAGGUGCUCAAUAUUUCUGUUUAUUAAGCUUAAGGAAAUAAGCAUGAAGGUUCCUGUUAAUAACUAAUACUGUAUACAUGUUGCAUACGUUCAAGCUAUUUUAUUUGAGCACUCAUUAUCGAAAAGUAGACUCACAUGAGAGUGUGAUUGAAUAGGUCAAGACUCAACUUUGCAAGAAUAAAAUGAGCCUUCGCACAUUGGAAGCCACUUGGUAUAAUUGGCCUUUACCGCUGUCUUCUUGGAAACUGUCUUCCAAUAACAUCUUAAGAGAGAUAUUACACAGAUGUAAUUGCAAUUGAUUGCUAAAUGGCACUGCAUCACUGCACGCACGCUUGUCCCAUUUCACUCCUUGGUUGCAAUUCAAUGCGUCCUUUAUGUUUCGAAGUGUAAACUCCCAAAAUCAUUUUCACCAUUCGAUUAUAAUUAAAAUGGUUCAUCAGCAAUAGAAAUUCUUGCUUGAUAGCUUUUCUGUUGCAAAGUACUCAUUCAUCAUCAGUGUUGUUAUUAUUUACCGUAUAUCUUACAUUUAACGUUACAUAUCAAUGAUGAAAAUAAUAGAACUUAACAGCUGCAGAGCCUAGUGAUUACCAUGGUGAUUUCUGUCGUGAUCCAUGAAACCAUGCUGUCUUCCAUGAAGUGAAUAUUCAAGAAAAGGAAGUAUGUUGUGUUUGUGCUAUGGAUGUGAACACAAUUGUUGCAUUUCAGCGCUUACAACCAUUUUUAAACUAUACUUUAAACAUUGAUAAUUGCUCGUGUUAUGAGAAUGCACUUGGCUAGGUUGCCAUUUCCAACCCUAUCGGUACACUUUCGUUUAUUUAACUGUUAGCUAAUUAAACAAAUGGCUUUUAUUGUUCAUUUUAUUAUCUUUCUAUUUCCUUGUUUUUAAUUUCAUGAUUCAUUGCAAUGCUGAGUGUCUUAUAUAGUGCUUUGAAAUCCUUGAUGAGAUGCACUUUAUAAAUAUUGUUAUAUCAUUGUAAAAGCUGUAAUAGCUCAAAUUUGGCUCUGAGCUCAGUAUAGAAUAUUGAAUGAAUGUCGGCUAUUGAAUUGAACAAAGCCUGUUAGCAAAUUUGGACCGCGACACCAACAAGCAAUGGCCUACUCCUUUCCUAUGAUGCCACAGGAUCUUUAACCUCCACUGUGAAGCAGACGGUGUGCAUUCACAAUGAGUAGUAUUGAGUAGUAUUAACCAGGGUGGCCUGCCGGAUUUGAACCACGAACCUCCGCAACAAGCAGCGAACGAGCUACCGCUGGGCCGUGUCCACCGCUUCGUGUGGCGCGCGUCUGUAACGCGAAUCCACAAUGGAGACGGUGCAAGUGGCACUCGGCACGCGUCCACAACUCGGCUGUGUGAGCAACGUUUGCAUCGGUCCCGUCAACGUCAAUUUGGCAGCAGUGUGGACAUUGUGCAGUGCGAGCAGUGUGGUGAAUCGUGCGUGUUUAUAUUAUUAUUGUGCCCUGCCGUGCCUGGGAAAUUGACAUUUCUGCUCUUCAUCUCAAAAGCUGCGGAUGUAAGCCUUUACACCCCAAUAAUUUGAUGAUCUGUUAUGACCCAGGGCGUAUGGCCCUUUGACCCUAAUGUCAAGUCUCCUCAAAUUAUGUUCCUGCAUGGUCAGACCACAUAGUCAUUCAUUCCUUACCUUUUAUUUGGGAAUGUUACAUGUAAAUGGUGCAGUUCACUUUAACAUUCGCAACUCCAUAUCUUUCAACCCGUCGUGCCGACAUUACAUUACACAGCACAUUUUCGUUCAUACCCGAGGAUUGACUCGGACUUAAAUGUGUUUAUAUUGUGACUGGUUUUUAUGCGGAGAGAGCACACCUCUGUUGUUUAUUGAUUGCAUUGCUUGCAGAUAUUGUCAUCUGGAAGAUGACUGUGAGAUCAGAGUUUUUGGGCCAUCUUAUCGUUUUGGGAGGACGUUUUGACUUGAAAGUGCAACUCAGAACUUUUCUGGUCAUCCGAUCGGACCAAUUCAGUUUAAAACUAAAUAGAUUGUAUUGACCCUAGGCUAAUUCAAUCGCAUAUACAUGAUUAUACCUGGAACCUCAACAUUGGUUAUCUCAGUGUUCCAUUUAUCACGGUUGACAUUGUUAAAAAAUAUAGUUUAUACUUCAUUGUUGUGAAGAAAUUAGGGCCGAUGUUUCAUGCCCACUUCACUUUUAAAAGUAACACACAGUGCUGGGAAACCGCAUGGGCAGCACUAUACAUAGCGCAGUAUUUUUGUAUCCAGGAAUUGCCUAAUUUUAAAGGACAGUGUUGAGUAAAUACAAGAAUGUGUAUUGUCCUCGGAGGUACCAUUGGUGUAAAAUGGGGAACAUUAGUUGGUAUUAUCACACAAACGCAUGGUAAUUUAAACAGUGCUAUUUCAUCCAACAACCACCUGUCCAUUCCUACACAAUCAGUUUCAUUUAAAGUUGAUUGAGUGUUUGAGACGUAUUACUUCCGUUUAUGAGAUGAGUCACCUCUUUAAGGCAUUGCAAAAAGACGAGGGUAUUUUGCUGACAUGUGCAAAGUUUAACUUUAUAUGCAGAUAAAGCAAAUAUUUACAUAAACUGGGUAUGGAAUUUUGGUGCAAAUUGAAAUCAGGUAAAUCCUACCUGUGCAUGGAUUAUGUAACCCUUUGCAACAGACCUUGCCCUCUUCAAGUAAUGUUUUAACGCAGGUGCACGAGCUACUAUGGCAUGGAUUAUAAACAGUUAACUCACAUUGCAUCACCUUUAAUUGAUUGUCGUUAGCCCAUGUCAGACAUGACACGAUGCAUUAACAUUUCAACACUAGUUGGGAAUCGUGCAACAUGCAGCGAACCGUCGUACUGUAUGAAAUGUAAUUGGCUGCAGAGACCCGGAGUAAUGGGACCGCAUGUUUAACCAUUGCCCUGACCAACUGCUUUGCAAGCCCGAGUCACACUCGAUGCAGAGGCCACAGCUGUGCCAAUCCCAGCCGAGUCGCUCCUCCGAUCUCCGUAACCCAGUCCCAUCCCAUCCCACCUCCUCCACCCGUGCAGCUCCCCCGUCAUGUUCCAUCACUGGGUUGGCGAUCUGGGCGAGGUUGUGGAUGAAAGUUGUGGGGAGUGUUAUUGAAAAAUGAAUUAAGUUUUAGACGUGUUUAAGAUAGCAAAUGAUGCAGUGUUAAGCCUCGCAGAGUCUGUGUGACCCAAGAUCGGUCUCCCCGAACAGCAGAGCUUCUCAGCCAUCUUCAUUCCACGGCACUCACUUUCGAGGUGGCUCGAUUUUCGCAGCACACUGAACCAACAAAUCGUUGUAGGUCCUGAAUCCAACAGUCGAUUGAUUGUGGCCGGUUGAUGAUCUUUGUGCGUCUCUCAAGCGAUACGCCGCUCUGGACGAACUUUCCGCCGUCAUGUAAUUGUGGAUUUUCCACAAUCGCGUCACGUGUCGCUCUCUCUUUGAUCACCACCGCGCCUUCCCCCCAGGUCUCGUCGCGGCUCCUCAAUUAGAAUUGCAUGCGCACGAGGCUUUGAUUUAAUCACUCACCCGGCUCAGCCGAUUAAUGAAGAGGGGAAGUUGCGUGUUUUUGUGUGCGUCAGUCGGUGCGCAUGAAUGUGUCUGUGUGUGUAACUGAUAAUUGUUUUGUUUGGGUGGCCAUCUGUUCAUCUAUUUAAUGAUUUUAUUAGCAUAUCUGUCCGUUUCCAGUUCUCAUUUGGAUGUCUAUGUGCCUGGUCUAGUGUUAAUUAUUUUGUGAAUUGUGUGUGGAUUAAUUGGAAAAAAACCGCGGCACACCUGGGGCUUUGCUGCCACCGGUCAUUAUGAUUGGCUGCUCUCGAGGCGGCACACGGCGCGGGGUGAGGUGGCAACGGGUAAGGGGCAAGAAGCAGAGGUCGCAAACGGGGUUUGAUUCCUUACCCGUACCCGGCCGCACCAGGGUCGCAAAUGGGUACCCGUACCCGGCCGGGUACGGGUACCCAUUCCGUACCCUACCCGAAAUGAGUGACAAACGGUGACUCACCAGUGACUCACGGCCUACCCGUACCCGGCCGCAUCAGGGUCACAAACGGGCCGGGUACGGGUAGCCGGGUAUCGGGUAGGGUACGGGUUUCGGGUACCCGGUUGCGACCUCUGGCAAGAAGGCGGGCCUCCUUUCUAGAACGGGCUAUGGCAGUGUUCACAUGUUCAGAGGGAGCCACUUUCGCCGAUAAGACAUCAGUGUGAGGGCCGCCACACAUUUGAAACAAUUGGGGUUUGGCAGCACGAUGGAGUGUUUUCACAUUUGUAUAUUGUCAGAGGCCGCGCUAAUUGCCACCAGUGGCCCGCGGGCCUUACAAUGAAGAACACUGGUGAUGAUACAAACGUGGCCUGGUAGAUGAACGAGGUGAGUGGCAUCACGGCAUGACAGGCACCUCGUUGCUGAGAUGACCUCGUGGCUUCACGACGAGGAGUCGUGGAUGAGCAUGGACGCAGGUCCAGAUGGGUCACGGUGGAGCCAGAGGGUGAUGGUCUUGUCCUGACUCAGUGGCUGUGGAAAAUGAGCCGAGUGAUCUGGGGUAUGCAUGGCAGGAGUGCACAGAUUUGCUGCAAUGACAAUUACCCCACAAACAGAAAAUACAAAGCUUGCCAAGAGUGGUUGGUUUAAGGGUUUGUUUUGGUUGAGAAUCUACUGUACAUAAACUUUAAUAUGGAUGACAGAUUCGCUUAUUCUUGUUGAGAAUACUUUAUUUGUGUUUGCAAAUGUUUUUUAAAUAUUUUAUUUUCAAAAGUGAAUGUUUAAAUGUGUGGCAUUUAGUAAAUAUGAUCGGGCAAUUAUUGGUGUUUGAUGGUUCAUUAUUAAUCGUGACGAUGGUUAAGGAUGACAGCCGUUAUUUAAAGAGUUGAAUCAUUUGAGUGGAUUUAAUUCAAUGUGUUUUCAUUGGUUCUUCGCGGUGUGUCAGAUUGCUAUAAUUCUACGCUAAUGCUGAUUAAAAUUACCUCCACUAUUUUAUAAAUGACUCAAUUGAAAUUGCCUCUUCACAUGAGCAAAGGGGACGCACUCCACUUUAGUGGCCGCAUACUGAGCCAGUGAUGAAAAUUCCGUAUUCUCGUGGUGGGGACAAGUCUUUUCGGGAGGAUGACCACUCUUAAUUUUCCAGAGCGGUGCUCAUUUUUAUUACCUCCAGAGGGAGGACGAUGGGUCGAGUCAAAUGCUGGCUCGGGUUUGAGGCCUGUAAGCUGGCACUUAGCACAUCGCCAGAGUCAUUUUUAUUUGUGAGGAUUGUUUUUGUCGGUUAUCAACCAUCUACACCACUGCUGUCCACCAUGCCGUCUUGCACGCCCCGUGAAGAACGAUGCUGCGCCACACCGACUUUCACAGCCCUGAAGCAUUUUACAUUAUAAGCAACAACAAAAAUAUAUAUUUUUAAAAAUAGCAAAACAUAACUGGAAUGGAUUUACUGUAUUUAAUAUGCUUCUCAGUUUUAUUUAAAUUCGCAAUCAAAAGUCAAUAAACUAUUUUAACAG